GUUUAUUGCGGUGCCCCGCCGCUCCUUCAGCCUCGAGAGCGUAUGCAAGAACCCAUCUCGUCGCCAUGGCACUAACCUCGGAUGGACAAAAGUCAAUCACCAUCACGGUGGUGCUGAGCGUUAUCGCGACUCUGUUCGUCCUGGCCAGAGUAUGGAUGAGAGCGAAGAAAGGUUUUGUAGGAUCUGAUGACUGGCUUCUCAUCGUCGGAGUGUUCCUCCUCUACCUCCAAGAUGUCGGCGCGAUUCUGCUUGCCGUAAAGGGUGGUGAGGGUAAACCUUUCGCAGAGCUGACGAUGGACGAGAUGACAUGGCUGUUCAAGAUGUUCUUUUGGCCCGAACUAGGUUACACCAUCACGAUUACCUUGAUCAAAGUCUCAAUCUUGAUCUCCUUCCGGCGCAUCUUCGGCCACAUCCCAUGGGUUAGGAAGUCCAUCUGGGUUAUCGGUAGUCUUUGCGUUGCUUGGGGCAUCGCAAUCUUCUUGACAGUCGUGUUUCAGUGCAAUCCCGUCGAUAAGGCGUGGCUACCAUUGAAACCUGGGCACUGCAUCGAAUUGAUCCCGUUCUUGUGGGGAAACUCGAUUUCCAACAAUAUUUUGGACUGGAGUAUUCUCUUACUCCCGAUCAUCCCAGUGUGGAAACUACAGAUGGAAUCUAAGCAGAAAGCUUUGGUGCUUUGCGCAUUCUUGCUUGGUUCACUCGCAUGCAUAGCCAGCUUAGUCCGCGCUUGCAUGACCGCAACCAUCGAUCUUGCCGACAUCUCGAAAUCAGUCUUCAACGCGUCAGUCUGGACAUACAUUGAGCCAUGUCUGGGAAUAUCAUCAGCAUGUCUUCCGUUCUUGGCGAAUAGUCUCGGACAGAGGCUGCUGAAUAUCGUACAAGUCAUAACAUCGAUUGGAUCCAGAGUUGGCAAUCUGCUAUCGUUCCACUCCAAUCGGUCACAGACUGAUCAUGCAGAUACUCAGAUAUCAGGAUAUCACCAUAACAUGGAUGGUGAUGAAAUGGUGAAUAUGGAUGGGCAAAGUGUCAAUAGUAAGAGAGAUGUGGCACAUAGUGUGAGAGAGGUUGUUUAGUGCGCUGUGCAUCGUAUUUGUGCAUUGCGAGAUCUGGGGGACCAAGUGGACAAGACUAUGAAGAAACAC